AUGGCCCUGAGACCAAUUACUCGAUCACCUCUUUUGCUCUUGACCCUGAGUGUCUGUCUAGCUCUACCCAUCCUGGCCAUCUCAACACACAUCUUGUCCAUCUAUCGUUCCGAACAUGCGACUAAUCCAUGGUGGCUACCCAUCUGGCACGCCCACUUCAACACCCAUGGUAUCAUCGCCGUCAUCAUAACUUCUUGUAUCAUCUUCGCCUUCGAUAUCGUUUCCAUCGGUCUGGUGGUUAUGGGGAACAAGACUGACGAUAAGGUGAGCGAUUGA